CUGCGUUCCUACAACUGUUUACAGUGGUUGCAGGUUUCCAACAUGGCAACUAAAAACGAAGGAAAAGGCAAAAAAGGUUCAAAAGGAAGCGCUAAAAAACUAGAUGAUGCACUGAAUUCACUCGGCCCAAGUGAAACCCCACAACCAGAAGAAUCAGAGACAGCAGAGAUACAGGAGCAACCGACUGAGGAAGUUGCGCCAAAAGAACCGUCACCUGAACCAGUUUAUGAUGAGCCUACCCUCUCGGAAUUGAUUGUUGAAAGUUACUCGGGUGAUAAAGCACAUGGUUGUUACCAUGGUGAAGGAGAAGCAACAUUCUCUGGCGGACAUGAGUACAAAGGCCAGUUUGCCGAGGGUUUUAUGCAUGGCAAGGGGCGCUACAAAUGGUCAGAUGGUGUAUCAUAUGAGGGAGAGUUUAUGAGAAACCAGGUUACUGGGAAAGGCAUUUAUCAGUGGCCAGAUGGAAGUUCAUAUGAUGGAGAUGUGGUGUGUGGAAAAAGACAUGGUGUGGGUACAUUUAAAUGUAGAAAUAAUACAAUGUCUUACAGUGGAGACUGGGCAAUGGGCAAGAGACAUGGCAAGGGUCGCAUGGAUUAUGAUGGAGAAGGGAAGUCAUUUUAUGAUGGUGACUGGAUAAAUAACGUACGUCACGGCUGGGGAACCAGACAGUAUCCAAGUGGUAACAUCUACCAAGGCAUGUGGUUCAAUAAUGUACGACAUGGAGAGGGAACCAUGAAAUGGGUUGAUAGAGAUCAAAUAUACACAGGACAGUGGGAGAAUGGAAUACAGCAUGGUGUUGGACAGCAUAUUUGGUUGUUACGACGUGUCCACGGCUCACAGUACCCACUGAGAAACAUGUAUGAUGGAGAUUUUGUCAAUGGUCUACGACAUGGUUAUGGAACAUUUUAUUAUGCUAAUGGUGCAAAAUAUGAAGGUGGAUGGAAAAACAAUAUGAAACAUGGCAAGGGUAAGUUCACCUUUAAAAAUGGUCGUAUAUAUGAGGGUAUGUUUGAGAGAGAUCAUAUCGUAGAAUACCCAGAGUUCACCAUGGAUGGUACAGCGUCACCAGAUCUGUCCAAUAUCAGAACACGUACACCACUACCCAUGGAUAAUGUGUCAGUACACAGUAAUGAAAGUCGCAACACAACAAGUCCGAGUUUCCAGUUAGACCUCGACUAUUUACUUAACGAGUUUGUUGAGGCAGACAGGGAUGAAGAAGCCAGUCAAGUUCUUUUUGUUAUAACAAGACAUAUCAGUAGUCUACGAAGAAUUUACAGUUACUACAGUUCUCUUGGUCAUGAGGAGAGUCCUGACAAUACAUUUGUGAUGAAUAAAAUGCAGUUCUGGAGGUUCCUGAAGGAUACUCGCUUACAUCACAAGGAGAAAACACUGAUGGACAUGGACAGAAUGUUGGGUCAUAAAAAGGCAAAUUCUGAAAUUCACAGUCCUUAUGAGAGAAUUUUACAGAGACAAUUUGUAAACAAUUUAAUUGUUCUAGCAUUCCAUUUGUACAAGAAGGACCAUCCAGGCACAACUCCAAAGCUAGCAUGGUGUGUAUCGAAGCUCAUCUCUGACAAUAUACUCAGAUAUGCUUGUAAUGUAAAAGGUAAAUUUUACUAUGAGGCUAGAAGAUCAGUGAAUGCAUUAGUUCAUCAAGACCCUUCCUAUGAAAUAUAUCAGGCACUAACUACACCCAGAUCUAACCCACCAAAUGAUAAUUCAUUUAAGAUGAGAGAAUUUUUAUAUAUGAUGAAGGAUUUAAAGCUUGUGAAUAAUGACCUGACACCAAAGGAUGUUAUAGAUGUGCUAGCAUAUGAUGACCCAAAUGUUGCUGAUGGUGAAGGUUGCUAUAACCUUGAACUUGAAAUGUCUUUCCUGGAGUUUUUUGAAGCAUUGAUAGGGUGUGCUGAAAAAUACGUGACAGAAGCUGUUGUGAAGGAUCCAAACACACCACGACCCUCAACUAGUGUAACAAAAGAUGAGAGCAUGUAUUCUAUACCUGGGUCUCCAUCUAGACUGACCAGUCAUGGAGGUAUAGAUGAGCAGUCAGUAGCACAGGGUACACCACGUGAAGGCCAGUCACCAGAGACUGGUUCCCCCACUAGAGCAGUGUCGUCUGCUGAUGGUACCACUAAAACAGGUGAAGGCGGAUCUUCUAAAGUACAUGAUGCGCAUCAACUUCAUCCGUCAAUGUCUAAUGUAACAGCAGCUAAUUCUGAAGGUGGUCAUGGAGACAGUUCUAGCAGACAUGGGUCAGGUAAAGACCCACAGACACUUGCUGAUCAGCAGAAAAGUGCUUCAUUUAUUAGUACAAAUACAACAGAUGAUAAUGAUAAACUUAUGCACAGUACAGUCUCAGUUGGAGGUCAGACAGAGGAAGAGGAAGGUCAUACUCAAGUUCCAGUGCAAAUAAUUCUACCAGAGGAUGAUGAGAAAUCUCAUUAUAAUGUAUACUGUAAAGAUGUAGAAGAAGAGAUAGAAGAAGAUCUUGAUGAAGCCACCAGACAGUUUAACUUUUGGACUCAUCAGAUUCACAUAUUCUUUGUGCGGAAAUUCUUGCCUGCAGCACAAAAUAUGGUCCACUUAAAACAAGCCGUGGAGAAACGAAUGCAACAAGAAAUGAAAGAUUCCAUGAACAAAUCGUGCGCAGAAUCUUUUGUUGAACCAGUCGAAACCAGUCAAGUUACAAUAGAAGAAAAAUCACAGGGCUAGAAAACAUGAGGCCCUAGAGAACUUUGAAUAUACUGAGUUCAGUUUUAAGAAAAUGUUAUAUUUUAGUUACAAGAAAUAGAGAUUGGUCAUCUUUUAUUUAAAAAAAAAACAACA